GAGCGCACCGGCUGACAGUAAACCAAGAUAAUUUUCGUUUGAUUUUCAUUUCAACACAUUUCAAUUGAAAGAAUAUAAGAAAAUGCUUAUUUCUCUGUAUAAUGGAAUCUAAAGUGCAGAAACAAAUCGUUGAUUACUUUUUAACUUUUGUAGAGUUUAACAAUACGUCAAAAGGGUGUUUGAAAACUUGCCAAAAGUGCGCAUUUACUAUUUAUAAACUAACUCAGCGUUGUAAUAAUAUUAAAAAAGUGGAAUUGGUUCGUACACCGUUGGAAGACUUCGCGGAUGUUCCCCCAAAGCUGUUAAAUCGCUUACUUAACCUUAUCACAAUAGAAAUUAGUGAAAUUCGAAAACAAAGAAUAAUUAUUGACGAGGCAUUUGAAAGACUUUGCUUAAAAGCCAACACUGUAAAAGAAAAUUGCAGGGAAAUUAAUUUUUUGGCAUCCAGUUUGCUGGUAGACGGGACAUCACUUCAACCACCACUAAAGCAACUCCUAGAGUUUAUUGACGAUACUAUAACAUACGGGAGCCAAUUUCAUUCAUUUAUAGAAUCAUCUUUAAAGAUAUUUGCAUUGAAAGGUCUUGACACACAAUCUCUGGUAGAGAACUUUAAAAUUCCCAUUUAUUGGCAGAGAAGAGUUACAGAAAUAAUUUCUUAUACAGCAUUUUGUCCAGAAAACAAAAUAUAGCAUUAUGGAUCUGUUAGAUUCAAUCUUGAAUUCAAUGCAAAAACCACCAACAGCUAGCGAAGCACAAAAAAGUGCUCUUAAGAAACAGAAAGAAGCAUUGGAACGUAAGCAAAAAGAUGAAAAGAACAGACUAAAGAAAUUCAGACAGCAAGUCGAAGAAAAAAUAGGGGAAUUCAUAAAAGAUGGCAACAAACCUUCAUUACAAUUCGAACCAAUGGAACAAACAUAUCGGUCAAUAAUACGAGAUGUGGCAGAGACCGCUGGUCUUCAGAUAUUUUCAUUUGGACAAGAUGGCAUAGACCGUUAUUCUGUAGUUUACACAAAAGAACGUGGACCAUCGGAAGAUGAGCUAAGUGUGAGACGCUCUGGAGGAGUUUGGAGUGAGGAUAAAGCGGCAGAGAUGGCUUUACAACACAUUGAACUGAAGAAGCAGGCUGCUUUAAAUAUUGAAGAGGAGAGAAAUAGAAAGCGCAAGCACGGAAAGGAACAAUUGAGCGGAACAUUUUAUAAGCAGAAGUAUGCACAUCUGAUAGGUGAAGAUGCAGCAUUAGAUGCUGCUCAUAAAACUAACAUGAAUAAGACUUACGGAGAGGUACCGAGUGAGAAUAAAAAAGACUCGCGUUCUAUUGAGCAAACAAUGGCUGAUAUUCGUGCAAAGAAAUUGAAGAAGGCGGAAAACAAGGAGGCUACAGAAAAUAAUCAUCAGAUUGAUUGAUAUUUACUGCUUCUAGUGAAUUUUAAAAAUUACAUUAAUUUAUAAUUCAAAGUCAAAUUGAAUGAAUUCUGACAAUUUUAGCAAAUAGAAUACAUGUAUUCAAAUUUAGCUUUUUUUAUAUAUAAACUAGGUAAUUACAUAGUUCAUUUGAACAUAAUAUAAGCAGCUAUUUACUAUUACACUUUCUAGAUUAGAUUUAAAAACUUUGUAGCCUAUGUCUUCUGCCAGACUAUAUUCUACAUCUAUGAUGAAUGUUAACAAGGUCAGUUGUCAUUCUGGAGAUACCUUAAAAACUUUCAGAUUUAAGACUAAACCAUAACUUUUUUGACUACAUAUGUAUCAUGUAUGUAUUUCUCUAAUUUCAUACUAAAUAUAUAAUUUAUGAUUAAACUUAUCAACUUCCUUAUAAUAUUAGGAAAUAAUCUAAAAUUAGGCAAAGUAUAUAAGUGUGCUAAUGAUAUUGACAGCAUAAAGGUGAGUAUACACUAGAACAUUUACUUAAAACAAUGAGCCAGAUAUGUACUAGUGUAUCAUCCCUUCACAGAUCCUUCGGAAGCUUUGAUUUCACCUGUAUUAUAAGAGAAAAUGCUCUAGUGUGUAUUCACCCGAACAGUUCAAAAAAUUGCCCACCAAACUUAGUUAUAAUUACAUUGAAAAAUAUAUCUGCCCCAAUCUCCCGAUGUAAGUGGAGUUAAUUGUAGCAUAUCCCUUGUUUUUUUUUGUGCCUAGGUAUAUUUUUAGACAAAACAAACUGUCACCUAUUUCACAUUGAGGCAGAGAGAUUGUGCUGUAGGACAGUGGAGUACUGCUAUUGUUUGAACAAAGCAAACAAUAGCUGUAAUGAACUGACCUACUCGGACCUCAGUGUUGUGUCUUCGUGUGAACAUGACUUAACAGCGUAUCAUACUGGAUCAUACAAGUUUAUGGGAAUAUAAUUACAUAUAUUUAAUUACUUUAAUAAAGACUGUCAUAGA